UGUGGAAGAGCAAGCUCUGAUCAAGAAGAGGAGAAGACAGUUGCCACCGGAGCUGGUCACCCACUGUUGGGUCUGCUCUUGUUAGGAUGUCACCCCUGUUCAACUGGGUAGCAAAGGUGCCUGAGAUUAUUAGCACCAUCAGACAAGCAGGGAAGAUCGCCCGUCAGGAAGAACUUCAGAACCAACUUUCGGAUGUCGAGGAUCAUUUUAGCAAGAAGUUUGAGGUGCUGUUUUGCGGCCGGGUGACCGUAGCCCACAAAAACGCGCCUCCGGCCCUGAUAGACGAGUGCAUCGAGAAAUUUAACGAUGUGAGUUAUACCAAAAAACUGGACGCGCCUCAUCCAAAUGACACCGCCGAUCACGCCUCAAGUGGAUUUUCCAUAAGUGACAAAUUCCUCUCGGUUUUCCAGCCUCUGGUGAGCGAGGAACAGGCCGCUCAACCUAUGAGGAAAUCUUACUCUCAGCCUGGACUCCGUUCUUUUGCUUUUAAAAGGGACUUGCAGACCUGGAGCCUGAAGGGUAACAGCUUGGCCAGAUCCUUGGAUGAUGACGAGGUCCUAACUCUGAACUUAAAAAGUCAAUUUAUCCAGGGGCAAAACGUACAGCCGACGGAUAUCGCCGGGAACCGGAUUAUGUUGUUCACGAUUGGGCAGUCCGAAGUUUACAUCAUUAGUCCUGAGACCAAAAAAGUAGUCAUUGAGAAGAGCUUUAAAGAAAUUUCUUUUUGCUCACAGGGGAUUAGGCACGUGGAUCACUUUGGAUUUAUCUGCAGGGAGCCUUCCAAAAACGGAGGCUUCCAUUUUGUGUGUUAUGUAUUCCAGUGUGCAGAGGAAGCCCUGGUAAGAAUUGGACAAGCUGGCAAAAAGAUUGUAUUAUUUGAAAUGCUUUGA